AUGAAGGGUUGGCUUGCAGCUAUUAUAUUAUUGAAAUGUGUUAUUUUGUUGGAAGCCGCUUGCCAACUCGGCACCACCCGCACCGUGGAGAAUGUCUUUGAUCUGCAGUGCGUUGAUGCUGGAGGUGGCACGACGACUGAAUUGUUUGUCGGCUGCGCAGCCAAGGACAUUUUGCACCAGGUCCGAAAAGUCAGAAUCGGGAGUCAGCUGAACCGGGAGGAGCGGGAGAAGACAGGAAUUUAUUCAGACAAAGGCUUCAUCUUCCUCUGCAACCGCACCGAGACGAACCAGGCCAUUUGGAAGCCAGUUGCCUGUUGGGCCCUGUCCGGGACUACGGUGGUAGAAUUUGCUUUUGGACAGACGAAGAGGAUCAAAGACAUUGUCGGCAAGAAAGAGCGUGACGUCACCUGUGUCUUAAAGGGCGUCUCGGCUACCGUAUCCGCCGGGAAGAUGCUGGCGACUGGA